GGCUAUCGAGUGGUCUCCUCUUCACUAUCCGAUGACGAUGUCACAGUCGUUGUGUGCUCGGUGCUCUUCUUCGCUGCCUUUUUCAUAGCUGUAUUUACUCAAUAUCGAGCUGAAGCCUCAGUAUGUCGGGUAAUAUUUCGAUGUUGGACGACGAAUAGAAACUGGACCAUUCGGCAUUACGAUAUAAGAGACGACCCCGAGAUGUUAGCACAUCGACAAGCACGAGGUGUACUAGUGGUGGAUCCACCUGUUGUAAAGAUAGCACGACCAGAUGGAUCUGCUAAAGUCGAAAAUCGCCUCACAGUUGCUAGCCGACAACUGCCAAUAACUGUCAUGGAAACGCGAUGA